GUCCGAUGUUACCCCCAGUCGGGCCGCGCCCCCAACGCAUUCAAAACUGCAUCACAUCAUUCAAUCCCAAGCAGCUCUAAAACAACCAAAAGAACUUCAGUCAAAACGUAUCAGCGAUUCAAGGCUCAAGCCAAAUCAUAACCUAAUAAAAGCCCAAUCCACAAUGGCCGAUACCUCCACCAUCGCCGGCGGGGACAUCCCGCCCGCAUCACAAACACAAGCCGAAGUCCAAACCCAAACAACAGAAUCAUCAAGCGACUCACAACAACCCUCAAUUUCCCCCGAAAAAGAGACCCUCCCCUUCGCUCCUUCCCUCUCAACAUCUAUCCUCCUACCCCUCACCCCCACCACCUCCUCCACCCUCGCGCUCGCCCACGUCCAACGCGUGUGGGACUCCAUCCGACCCAACUCCGCCAUCUACAACCUUCUCCUAUCCGACAUCGUCCUCGUAGCCGCCGUCGCCCACCCCACUGGCCGGAUCCUCGCCCACUUGACUUUGAAACCAAUCCACCUCAACAGCAAGCGCAUCCUGCACGGUGCCGUCAGCGGGACGUUGUGCGAUUGGGCGGGUGGGAUGGCUAUUGCUGCCAGCAUUGCCGGCGAUGAACUCAAAGUGGGGGAAGGGGAGCAGGACAGACAGAUGACGACGGGCGUGAGCACAGAUAUGCAUUUGAGUUACUGUUCGACGGCUAGGGAGGGAGAUACGUUGGAGGUGGAGGCGUGGGUUAGUAGGCGCGGGAGGAAGUUGGGGUUUACGGGUUUUGAGAUUAGGAAGAGGGUGGAUGGGUGGGAGAAGGGGGAGAAGGGGGAGGUGGUUGUGGUGGGAAGUCAUACCAAGUAUUUGCCAUUUGGACAGAAGCCAAGAGAGGCAAAGGAGUGAGAAAUCGAGGCAGAAAAAGACGAGGGGGGCGAUAGGUGAGAGGGGAUGUGGUUGUGGAAGGCUUAUUAUAGGUGGGAUAUGGGUGAGUCUCUCCAGAAAGACAGCAUGGGAAUCAAACUUGAGAUACCAGUUGCAGUUUUAGGUCUGGUCGAAGUCUACGUGGCAGGCCUUCAUGCUAUCGGCUGGCAUCGGCGAGGGACAAUACGUGAUACCCAGAGGCAGAAGCCGGAUCAAUCCACAUUUCUCCUCCUGCGGCCAGUCGACUCCCACUUCCAAGGUGAUAUCUUUGGACCGGCAUUCGAUCUUCCUGGUAUCUUGCAGGCUGUUAAGUCCGACGUUCUGGCAUGCCAGCGAGCCGCUUUCCCCUUGGAUGCACGGGUCCAGUUACCGCCCUGGAUUUGACAUCAGCCGGCGGGGCUUUAUGAUAUCCGGACGGUACGGCCAAAAAUUGCAAUUGUGGGUUUUUGGGGACUUCUGUACCGAUGCAUAGUUAUGACAAUGCGCGUCAAGGGGGGAGGGAGAGCUUUGGCAGAGAAGCAUGGCUGUGGACCGUUUCUACGCUGGCAAGGGCAUGGUUUCAAUGGAUUCCUUGGAUUCAUUACGAUGCUCUGGGAAUCUUUCUGAGCUCGCAAUAUUCUAACACCGUUGGGUAUCGGAACAGGCCGCGAUAGUGCGGCGACAAUCAAGCGUCCUUCGCCGUUGCUGUGCCAACUCACGCCUGGAGGUCCACAAAAGGAGUCCUGUUUUCCAAGAGAAUGGCCAUCUUGUGCGCUUUGUAUUCGGUAGGGACUCUCUCUUAUUCGAAAUACUGCUGAAAGCGCGCUGCAUUAUGAACCGACAGCGUGAUUGAUGUUCAGAGGACGGCGCUCCAUCGGGAAAGAGGAAAAGAAGGGGGACACCGUUGUUGGUUGUUGGAGAAAACAGGGCGGGACAGGCUCAAUCAACAAAGAGACCAAAAACAAAAUGGAGGGCCAGAAAUUUGGCAAAAUAAAUGGGACCUGGGAGGCUCGAACUCCCGACCUCAGGAUUACUCUGAUUUUUGAACCAGAUCAUACAGGGGUAUGAGACCUGCGCGCUAGCCAACUGCGCCAAGGUCCCUUGGGUUGUGAUUUUUUGAGUGGGAUUUGGUAUUCAUAGAAUCAUAAUACAGCUUUGGUCAAGGGAAACUUCUCUUCGCAA